AUGUCCAAGACUUGCCAUUCCGUAAGCCAAUUAGUCCAGAGCCUCACUGUCCAGCUGAUGUCCACAAUAAAGAACCUCGGGUCCCAGCAAAAGGAACCUGCUCCUGGUCAUCUCUCAGUCCUACGACCGACCAAAGCUCACCCUUUUCGACCUUCAGGGUUUUACUCCAAUACUUGGUCGAUCUCUGCAGGGGUUAUUGUACAUCCUGAUGUGAAUUGUGAUCUUGGGGAUCUCAUCAUGCGAGUUGCCUUCUCUACGGCUGAUGAGCCUCGCCUGCCUAGGUUGGUCGCCUAUCCCCAAGCUGACACCAACAUCCAGUUUUGUUCCAUGCUCAAAAAAAAACUGGUGUCCGCCAUAUCUGGGGAGCAUUCUCCUAACCGCCACCUGGAGACGCGCCCGAUAGGGAACUGGAAAUCCCCUUCGACUAUUCAAGACCUAGAAAGGACAGAUUGCACCUUGGCUACGAGUGACCAAGUGCCAGUCGGCCAUGUACCACGUUCAUUAACAAUAUUUUGUCGUGGAGAGAACACUCGUCAAACUUUACCAGGAGACCAUGUUGCCAUAACAGGCGUGUUUUUACCACUUAUUCGAAGUGGUUACAAGCAAAUUGUUGGUGGGCUCCUUUCUGAUACGUAUCUUGAAGCACAUAGAAUAGUUUCUGUAAACAAAACCGCAGAAGAAGAAACCGCUUCUUCCACUUUAACACCAGACGAACUUGCCGCUUUAACUGAAGAAGAUUUUUAUACUAAGUUGGCCAUGUCCAUAGCGCCUGAAAUCUAUGGUCAUUUAGAUGUUAAAAAAGCUUUACUGUUACUUCUCGUAGGAGGGGUUGAUCGAAAACCAGACGGUAUGAAAAUUCGCGGAAAUAUUAAUAUUUGCCUUAUGGGCGAUCCUGGUGUAGCCAAGUCGCAGUUGUUAGGGUUCAUCAGUCGUCUUGCACCCAGAAGUCAGUAUACUACUGGAAGAGGUUCUUCAGGAGUGGGUUUAACUGCAGCGGUCAUGAGAGAUCCUUUGACUGGCGAAAUGAUGUUGGAAGGUGGAGCCCUUGUGUUAGCAGAUAAGGGUGUAUGUUGUAUUGAUGAAUUUGAUAAAAUGGCUGAUUUUGAUCGAACUGCCAUUCAUGAAGUCAUGGAACAACAGACAAUUAGUAUUGCCAAGGCUGGUAUCAUGACAACGUUAAAUGCUCGCGUAUCAAUAUUAGCUGCCGCCAAUCCAGCAUUUGGACGUUACAAUCCCAAACGCACUAUUGAACAAAAUAUUCAACUUCCAGCUGCUCUCUUGUCGCGUUUUGAUUUAUUGUGGCUAAUUCAAGAUAGACCUAAUCGUGAUAAUGACCUACGAUUAGCCAAACAUAUAACUUAUGUUCACCAGCACUGCAAACAACCCCCAACAAACGUACAAGCGCUUGACAUGAACGUUAUGCGCAAAUAUAUUUCACUUUGUAAAAUGAAGAAUCCUGUCAUUCCAGAAGAUCUAACUGAUUUUAUUGUUUCCGCUUAUGUAGAGCUUCGUAAGCAAGCUCGAAAUUCUCCAGAUAUGACUUUUACAUCUGCACGUAACUUGCUUGGUAUACUUAGAUUAUCCACUGCUUUAGCCAGGCUCAGGCUGGCAAAUUCAGUUGAGAAGGAUGAUGUAAAAGAAGCAAUUCGAUUACUGGAAAUGAGCAAAGAUUCUUUGAAUUGUGUAGCCGAAUCUAGAGGAUUCAGACCUGCUGGUAGUGUUAAUGAUAAAAUAUUUGCUCUUAUCCGUGAAUUGGCUGGAGAUAGUAAGAUUGUUAAAAUUUCUGAUGUUUUGGAAAAAUGUUCAAGUAAGGGUUACAAGCCCGAUCAAGUAGAUAAUUGUAUUGAAGAUUACGAAGCCCUAAACGUUUGGCAAGUAAAUCAAACUCGAACAAAGAUUACUUUUAUAUAAGAGUUUAAAGCACUGACUGAUAAUUUUGUAUUUAAAAUCUAAGUUAGUUGUGUUUAAUUAUAUUUUAGGGAACGUAUAUAUAAGGCAGGGUAAUGGAAAAAACCGUUUAUUAAAAUUAAAAAACGUUUUUUUUUUUACUUUGCAAUAUAUACAACUAAAC